UUUUUAUUCAUUCUUAGACUUCGAGUUCUUCUGUUACUUAUGUCUACGAAACUAAGGAGUUAAUUGACAUCUGUUUUCAGUCAUCAGUAAAUUUCACUUCCUCUGAUUGAAUCAAACUAUCUAAACACAGUAUAAAAGCCCUUCUAGAAGUUGUAGCAGUUCAGUACUAAAGCAGUAAUCUAUCAAGUCCUAUCUUGAAAUCGAUAUUUUGAAGACAAAAACUUGAAACCAAAACAAUGGCUAAAAUGAUGAAACUUUUAUUCCAUUUUGUAAGCGCAUUUCUUGUAUUAAAUUGUGUGUCUGCAAGGAGAAUCAGUUACGAAUCGAAAGGAGUUCACUCAUUUGCCAGGUCACAUAAUAGAAUGGCUCGAGGUGCAGGAGAAAUUGAGCUCCUAGGUAGUAAUGGAAACGGCAGGGCAAAUAUUGAGUUUUUGGGUGCUGUCAAAAGUAGUCCCGAAGAAUUACUUAGCCGAAACGCGGCAAUUGAAAUGUUAGCUGAUGAUGACGAGUAUGUUGAUAAUGAAGAAUAUAUUGUUUAUGCUGAGUAUGGUGGUGAUGAGGAUGAUGUUGGUGGUGAGUAUGGUGGUGAUGAUUAGUAGGUGGUGAUGAUUAUGUAGGUGGUGAUUUUAGUUAUGAAAUUAAAUGAGUAAUUGAUAAUAACACUUGCGAAAGGUACUAGUAAUUUUAUAAUUGUCCAAUAAAUGAGAAGUUUGUACCUUCUAAAUGUUAAAAAUGAAUA